GCUAGUGUGUGAGUACUGUACUUCGUUUAAUUAUCCAUCCGCUACAUUGAGGCACCCGGUGUACUGUUUCACAUUUAAUUAGCGGUCGCAUUCUCCUGAUUUAACACAACAACAACGUCCAAGGAUUUAUUUUAUUUUUUUAAUUGCAGCGAGGAUCUUCAGGGCCGGAAUUUGGAUGUGAUUUUUCUAUUGUUCGCCAUCAUCGUCAUCUAAUUACAGAAUCAGGAUGGCCCUAAAUGUGUUUGAUCAUGAUGAGUACAGGCCUCCGGUAUGGAAAUCCUACUUGUAUCAGCUCCAGCAGGAGGCGCCACACCCCCGUCGGUUGACCUGCACUUGUGAGGUGGACAAUCGACCCAAAUACUACGGAAGAGAGUACCACGGGAUGAUUUCCAGGGAGGAAGCUGACCAGCUUCUCAGUCAGGCCGAAGGCAGCUACCUCAUUCGAGAGAGUCAGAGGCAGCCGGGCACGUAUACGUUGGCGCUGAGGUUCGGGAGCCAGACCAGAAACUUCCGUCUUUACCACGAUGGGAAGCACUUUGUCGGAGAGAAGAGGUUCGAGUCCAUCCAUGACCUGGUCACCGACGGCCUCAUCACACUCUACAUCGAGACCAAGGCCGCGGAGUACAUCGCCAAAAUGACCAUCAACCCCAUCUAUGAGCACGUGGGCUACACCACGCUGAACCAGGAGCCCACGCCCAAGAAACACUUGCCGGACGCCGCCGAUGGCCCGGCUCCCGUCAGAGACGACGACCGCGGCGGCGAGGAGAGGCUCACGUCGCUGGUGCGGCGAGCCACGCUGCGGGAAAGCGAUAUGGUGCCCAAAUACGAGAAGGUUCACAACUUUAAGGUUCAUACGUUUCGUGGCCCUCACUGGUGCGAGUACUGCGCCAACUUCAUGUGGGGGCUCAUCGCUCAAGGAGUCAAGUGCGCAGACUGCGGCUUGAACGUCCACAAGCAGUGCUCCAAGGUUGUGCCCAAUGACUGCCAGCCGGACCUACGUCAUGUCAAGAAGGUGUACAGCUGCGACCUGACCACGCUGGUCAAAGCGCACAACACCAAAAGGCCCAUGGUGGUCGACAUGUGCAUCCAGGAAAUCGAAGCCAGAGGUCUCCAAUCGGAAGGUUUGUAUCGAAUAUCCGGCUUCAGCGAGCUGGUUGAAGACGUCAAGCUGGCCUUCGAUAGAGACGGCGAGAAGGCGGACAUCUCGUCGGGCGUAUACGAGGACAUCAACAUCAUCACGGGCGCGCUCAAGCUCUACUUCAGGGAGCUGCCCAUUCCACUCAUCACAUACGAUGCCUACCCACGCUUCAUCGAGUCCGCAAAGGUCACUGACCCAGAAAAGCGCCUGGAAGCCCUCCACGACGCCCUGAAGCUCCUGCCGCCGGCUCACUGCGAGUCGCUGCGCUACCUCAUGGCGCACCUCAAGAGGGUGACCCAGUACGAGAAGGAGAACCUCAUGUCCAGUGAGAACCUUGGAAUCGUCUUUGGACCCACGUUGAUGAGAUCGCCUGACUUGGACGCCAUGACCGCACUCAAUGACAUCCGCUACCAAAGGCUGGUGGUGGAAAUGCUCAUCACCAAUGAGGACGUGUUGUUCUGAGAGGCGGCGCAACAAAGGAGGGGAGGAACAAAGAGAUUGGAACCGAUGCGGGGCAACCGGUUCCAAAUGACUGCCCGUUUUGGUCAGAAGCAGAAUCAAGGUUGAGAAGCAAAGUCACCGAGAAAAAAAAAUGCUAACACUGAGCCGCAUGGUGCCAGAGCAGUCAUAAGAAUGCUGUCCCUGCGGUCUUGAUUUUUUGUGUUCAAGCUUUGUUGCAGUGAGCGUGGGAGCUCGCCAUCGUGACCCCAGAAAUGUUGCCACGGGACUUCCGGGGGGAGCCACGAGAACAACCAUGUACUUCCUCAGUUUCGUCAACAGAAAGUGUGAUUGUAUCUCGCUCAAACGGAGCUAAGCUAAUAGCACCGAGCGAUGGUAACCGUAACUUGAAGGAUUUCGUUUGAAAUGCAUAUUUUUAAAAUUGCAAUAGUGCCGUUUGAAAACGGGCCACUGAAGUCAAGAUGCAUUUUCUGUGUGUGUGUGUGCUGUCGUGUCAGCUAGCACAUACAGUAUAAGUGACUUCCACCCCAUUUAUGUCGGGGGGGGGGGGUAGGGGGCAACGUUUUCAUGGAGUAAAAGCAAAAGGUUGUUCCAAAAAACAAAAAUCAACAUACCCGUUGCUGCUGGACUGGCUGACAAUGUAGAGAUGUGACAUAAUGUAACUGCAUUUUCUAACAAAUCACGUUGGUUUUGUUUGUUGUGAUUUAAAUGCGUGUGUGUGUGUGUGUAUUAUAUAUAUAUAUAUAUAUAUAUAUAUAUAUAUAUAUAUAUAUAUAAAGGUUUUGGAUUCCAUCAUGUACAAACAACUACGAUCUGCUGAACCAUGAACCACUUAAGAGCCUUCCGUUAUCCGUGACACUUCUUCUGCAUCAUUUUUUUUCCCUGCUUUUUCCUUGUCAUGAUGUUGAUGUAAACAUUUUUCUGUAUAGUAUGCAUGGGGAAAUUAAAUUAUUACAUAUGCCCAUUAAAAA